AGUAGCGAAAUUUUUGUGGCUGGAGAAACACACGACGGACGCGCGCAAAGUCGCUCUUCAUCCUCUCUUUCCUUUCACGGACGCAACUUGUUCGCUUGUUCCAAACUUUUCGACUCAACGUCGUUCUAAAGCAGAUAUACACACGUACUGUGUACCGCACAAAAGUAAUAUUUUUGCAAAAAAAUGGACAUCGAUAAUCAAGACAACGAUCCUCAAUUUUUGGAAAUAUUAAAAACCUGUUUGACAAAGGAAAUUGCGGCGGUCACCGAAAAGCUGAAAAAUAAUCAAAUGAAGAUAGAUAGAUUCAAAGCAACGAUGCGUAAUGCGAUCGAUACAAGAAAACAACUUAAGCAGAAGGUCGUGCAAAUGGAAGAUAUAUUGUCGAAAUUACGUGAGACUUCAAUAGAAGUGUACAUAUCCGUUAACGAAAUCACGGAUGCUCUAGAAACCACAAAAAUAAACGCUGAUGAUCAGUACAAGUUGAUGGAACUGAAGUCUCAAGAGUAUCAAAAUAUUAUGAACCAAUACAAGGAAACGUGGCACUCUUAUCACGCCAUGUACGAGGAAUUUCCUUUGGCGAAGGCCAGAAAGGAGGUUAAGAUCAAGCUGGAGAAACUUAAAAUCGAGUACAUGAUCGCAGUUUAUAAAAAAGCUGAAAUGACGAACAUCAUCAAACAGAGACGACAUAUCGACUGGGUCCGCACGCGCUGCAAGAUAAUCGAAUUCGCCGCCAUGAUGGCAGAGACUUCCAAGCUGGAGGAGAAGUUGUUGAAGCUAAAAGUGAACGUGAAUUAUCGGAAGAAAAAAUUGCAAUCGAUCCAAACGGAGCUGCAAGGACUGCGCAAGAAGACGGAGGAGCAAAAAAAAUUGAGGCAACAAAAGAUGAUGGAGAUGGUACCACCAAAGAUUAACAUACCGCAGCGUGAAAUAUACGCUCGAAAUAAACUGCACACGAGAAGGCAGCAUCAUUGGAAGCGAAUUCAAGAUACUUUUGAUGAUACCGCGUCUGUCAAUACCUUAGCUUUCGAAGAGUUGUGUAUAAACGAGAACGCCUCGAUGUCGCCCGAAAUGAUAGAUGUGGAAACGGGAUUGACAAUAAUAAAAAACGACACUCCCAAACAAGAUAAAGCUCACACGACAAAGUCUUUCAAUUCCAAGAUAACUGCCGAAAAAGCUGAUAAACGCGCCGAUUCGGUGCCGCCGCCAAAUGCGGAAACGAGCGGUACUGAAAAAGUGGUACAAGUGAUAACGGUAACGGACAGCGAUGAAGAAAUAAAGAAGAUCCUUCAAGAGAAAGAGCAAAAGUCGCAAGAGUCUGUUAAAGUGCAACCGAGCUCCCGUACAAAGGAAAACUCGCUCAAACACGGCAUCGUCGCGGAUACACAGGGUGAAAUUGAGACGAAAAGAAUGCGUCUUCAAACAGAAGACAGUAGAGAAAGUGGCAAUAAAAUAACGUCUCUUCAGCCGUCUGUUAUCGAGGAAGUGGAUAUGAAAUCUCCAGUUCCGUCGGGUCCGAGAAUCAGUAAGAUAGAAUCGGUGCAGUACAACGUGAUGAUUACCAAACCGAUGCCAAAACCCAAUCAUCAAGAAACGGGGAUUGCCGCAAGCAGCGUUAUCCCCGUUAUGUUGUCGCCGAUAUACGAAUACUGCGAGAGCAAUACGAGUUUCGAUUUCAUGUCGAAAGAUGCGCGGUCAGUUUACGAAGAAUCUCUCUGUAAUUAUAAAAUAUCCUCGAUUGGAAACAUAUCGCCCGAGUGCGUCGACAAUGUGUCGAUUACUUCGACGAGAAACUUUGCUCUGCAUCAAAACGUUCAGGAUGAGGGGAAAGAUCCGUCCAAUGAAAGGACUGCAUCACCGUUUCACUUUGAGAAUUUUGUGAAGAAGAAGAAACAAGGCUUCACUUUGUUUUGAACAGGUGACAAAGAAAAGAUUUACUUUGCUAUUUUACAUACAAAACCAUGUAACACACAAUUCGAUAUAUAACUUUACGCGUUCUCAGAAGUUUCACACAAGUUAGACGUCGAUUAAGUUCUCUACAGAUUCUGUACUGUGUGUGUACGUUUGUGUGUGUGUACUGUACAAGUUCACAUUGAUCAAGCAAAAAAACGAGUCUAUUUUUUCUUUCCAAUCUUGGUGUAACAAAAAGACAAACAAUA